UAACUUAAACCUCAUUCAAAAUACCCUUCUUCAGAAUAACCUCAUUUAAAAUACCCCCUUCGACAUUUGUCUCUAAAAAUCUAUUUGAACCCUAAACGUAAAAACCACCUUCAACCAUGGCAUAUAUUGAACUCUUCGGCCCCGACUUUGACGUCACUCUCUCUCCCCCGUCUUUUUCUCUAUUUUGUUCAUUUUUCGUGGUUACUUGUUGAGUAAAGGAAGGUAGAAAUGGUUGAUUAAUUUAUUUGCUUACCCCAUUUUCUUUUUGCAAAUUUGAUUGAAAUCCUAUAACUUCAAAUCCAAAUUCUCAAAGGCAUUCUAAAUCACAAGUUCCAUUAAUCCUUCAUCCGUUGUUUCUUCUUAUUCAAAAGAUAGAUGGCAUAGUUGGGUAUGUGAUAGACUUUAUGCUCAACGAGGGCGGGGGGUUGAAAUCAACCUUCGUAAAAAAUGUUGAAGAGUUUAUAACGAAGGAAAUAAGCUCAAAUCAGUUUAUAAAGAAAUGGUGGCAUCAGAUGUCCUUGUCACAAUUGCAUGUGUAGCGUCGUAUUGUCUGCAAUUGAAGUCAAAGUUCAUUUUUAUUGGGUUGAAACCAACUUUCGUAAAAGGUGUUGAAGAGUUUAUAACAAAGGAAAUAAGCUCAAAUCAUUUUGUAAAGAGAUGGUGGCAUUUAAUGUCAUUUGUCACAAUUACAUAUGUAGUGUUGUAUUGUCUGCAAGUGAAGUCAAAGUUCAUUUGUAUAGGUUUGGGUUCCAACCAAAUUAUUGGUAUUGGAUUGAACAUGGCGGAGAAGUCCCACAUAUUGAUCUAGAAAAUGUUCUAGGUAGUAGUGGACAUAUGGAUAACGAUAAUCCAUUUACGUUAGUGCAACAUAUGGUCAAUGAUGCAUUUGAUCCAAUGUAUGACUUCCAAAAUAUGGGUGAUGAGGGCAACGAGGAAGAGAUUAAUGAAGAGCCCCCAAAUGAUGAUGCUCGAGAUUUUUAUGAUUUAUUAACUCCUGCAAACAAACCCUUAUCUAAGGUUGUUAGCUCGAGCCAAAGAAAAAAGUCAUUCAUGAAUUAUACAAAGUUUGGUAGAGAUACAAGGAACUAAUGGUGAAGACACAUGAAAUUUUAAGAAAUAGUUUAUAAGUUAGAGUUGUUGUUUGAGAAAGUGUUUAAUAUUGUCUCAUGGAAGUUAUUAGUGUUGUACCUUAUAGUUUGUAGUGGAAUUUUCUAAUGUCCAUAAAAAACAAAAAAUGAAUACAUAUAUGUAUUUCAUUUGAAGAUUUAACAUUUUGGUAUACAACUAGUGUUGAAAGUUU